CGCGCGCGCUGCGUUUCAGCGCUGUCACUGUUUCCGUCUCCUCCUCCGCGAAGACUCACGCCUCCGCGUACGGUGUCCUCUGUUGCGCUGCAUCGAAUCCGCUACGUUGGCCGCAGUUUGCAGCUGUGAGGUUUGAGAAAAGUCUUCCUUCAACAAUGGGAGACAUCGAGGCUCCCGACGCGGCUGGGCCACGCCAGUCCGCCCUGCGCUCCAUUCUUCCCAGCAAAGAGUUCGCCUCCUCGCGGAAAGGAAUGCUGCUCAUUGCUGAAGUGGCUCUGUCCUUGGUCUGCUUCAUCUGCCUGGCGGCGUCCACGGCGGCGGCCUUCGUCACGGUGCCCCUGCUGGAGUUCUUGGCCGCCCUCUUCCUGCUGUUCGCUUACGCCACCAAAUUCAACGAGAGGUUCAAGGGCUUUGUCUGGCCCCUCAUGGACUUCCUGAGGUGCGUGACCGCUGCCGUCAUCUAUUUAAUCAUCUCCUGCAUUGCCGUCUCCAAAUACGUGGACGGCUCCUCCAAGGCUGCGGGGAUGUUUGGGUUUGUUGCCACCAUUGUCUUCGCUUUAGAUUUUUACCUAAUUUUUAAUGAGUUGGCCAAUUUCCUGAAGCAAGGAAGAGAGUCCAACGAAGACGAGCCAUCGAGGCAGGAAGACGGCUUUUCAGACUCGGACUCGGACUGAGACCACGGGGAGCUCCACCACCAGCAGGCGGUUCCAGCGCCAGCCUCUGCUGCCGAUGAACCGUCUCCAGUUACGCUCUUUGAAUGGGUUCGAAAACGUAGAAAAGGGUUUAAGGGCAACCUGAUACGUACAUGGAUGUAAAGCUGUGAAGUCGUUUGCUGGUGUUGUACUGAGUGAAGCUGUGGAAUCUGCAUGUGCAAAUCUGAAGCCAAUGCUUCCACACGUUUAAAGCUACAACACUAAAUUAAUAUCAAACAAAAAAUUUAACCAAGACGGUUUUUAGAAAAUGGGGAGACAGGAGACUGCAGGUGGGUCUCAUCAUUUAAACAUUUGCAUUAUUACUACGGAACCAUAUACAGCACCUUGACUGACUGCAGGUUGGCUGGUUACGACCUCUGUCUUAAUUCUUUCAGCGUUUUUAUAUUAGUUAUGUCCUUAAAUUUGACUUUUGUACGACCACAACUUAGAUUAAAGCUGGCAUCACUGCAUGACACCUUUUCUUCCUUUGCGGCCUUUUACAGUAGCUCAGUAUUACUCAGUAUAAUUCCAUAUAUAGAUAUGUGGCCGUGACCACGUCUUCCUCUUCCUUUCUGCACCCGAGCCACUACUGACGUAAAGUGCACUUAAAUGCCACCAUGACUGUUUAUUGAACACACACCGCUGCCCAUUUGAUGCCGAUUAGCAUCAGCGGCCUUUGACCCACAUUUGUUUUAGAAAUGGUGUAUUAAUGGAUAGGAACUAAAAACCUCCAGAGUUUACAAGUGUGCCUCUCAUAAAGUGUUUUUAAUAGUUUGGUACUUUUGGUUCCAUUUAUAUGAAGUUUCAUCUCAGCAGAAGUAAAACCAGCUUUUACUAAAAGAGGCAUCAGUGUGUGAUGUGAUGUCCAAAUCGACACAACUAUCUUUUCAUCCUCAAUGUGAAGGGUUUGUAAAUCAAAGCAUAAAGAUGAUCAACAUGAAGACCCGGUUAAUAGGUGAGGCCUUUGCUGGAAAAUGGUAGCAACAAAUAUGAAGAUUGUUUGUGACCGUUCUUUGCCUUUUUGUGUCAAAGAAAAGUUUGAAUAAAAACGAGUUUGUCCAAAUCAC